AUGAAAAACUUAGGGAUGAUGCCAACCACUGCAGCAGCUACAACGGUAGAAGACGGGACGACUGCUGGAUUAUUUUCCACCAGCAACGGCGGACGCCUGGCAAGCGGAGUGUCGUCUCAUACCUCGAUGAUUGCAGCCUCAGGCGGGCGGGCAGGUAGUGCCUCUGGCGGGGCACCUCCUGCUCCAGAGGAGGAAAACAUGAGAAACACAAGAUCGAACAAUUUCAAUUCGAAUUCCGUCACAUCAACUUCGAACUCCGACGAGAUCUAUCUCCGGACGCACGCGCGACUUUUGCAACAAAUGGUAGAGAAGUACAUGAUCGAAAAAAUCAACAACAGUGGCCACUUACAGCAAGACGAGUUGCAAUUGCAAAUCCCGCAUCCAGGGCAGUCAUCCAGUGGCGCAAACAACCCG